CGCAUGUGAACAGGCCCGAGUGCAGGCUGCGGAUGCACUGCACUAUCCAUGCAUCAACAUGCUCCUGUCGUGCGAGCAUCGCAACGUGCAGCGUGUAUAGAGGCCGACUGAAGGACGGACGGGUCGACACUUCUGGAGCGCGCCAAAUGAUCAUCGCCCAACGUCGCCCGCUACCAAGAAUCGCGUCUCAACCCGCAGGGCUCCUCUCGCGAGAGGGAGGGUGCAACGGCAACUGCUCCUAACGCCAACGACGACCCCGAUGCCUGGAGUGCCGCCAGAAUGUCGACGACUGUCCCGAGAACGCCUGAGCAGCCCACGCGCAAGGCAGCGCUGAACCGAUCCUUCUCCGCCAGCGCCUCGAAACGCCCCUCGACCGCGGCAGACAUCGGCGCCACGGAGGGUGUCGAAACGCUGUUCACACAUCCGACGAGCAAGAUUGUCAAGUUCACGAGCAGUACAACAGGGCGGCCGAGUAGCUCUGGGACAUACAGUCCGGGCAGCAAUCGAAAUGGCACACUGCCAUGGGCAACAUCGACAGAGAAGACAAUGGCGGCGGGACCUCUCGAGAUAUACCGCGUUCCAGGCUCUGUAUCAUUUCUACAUUCGGGUUCCCUAUUGCAUGCCAUUCUCCCGAGGAGCAAUUGCUGGUGCGUGGACGGAGUGAGCAAAUUCGCUAUGCGCGUACUGCCAGAUACCUAUUACCGCAUCGAACUACCUGGAGACACACCUGAGGACCUCGAAAGGGUGGAGGAGUUCAAAAUUACAUUGCAGAAGGUGCUAUUCUAUGAAAGGACGGCGUGCCCAUUCGCGAGGACUUUCAGCGUAGACAUACCAGAGGAGGAAGAGCCUAGGCCGAGAAGGCGAAGGCGAAGGACCGAUGGCCCGGCGAAGAAAUGGAGACUCGACAAGGCAUACAGCUGGAAACCUGAGGGCUGGACACCUGAACAGGACCGCCCAAGUGAAGGGUCAGGAUCGGGGAGCGUCACGGCCUCGGAUGAGGAAGGCAGCUCAGGCUCGUCUACAGAACACACAGACGAGGGCGCAGAUACGGUCAGGGCUCUCCCAGUCACAAAGCCCUUCGAGAGAAAACCAACAGUCAAAGAUCGAGCCAGAGGAAUUGAACUGCGGUCUGUCACCGCUCCAGCCCAAAUGCUCUCACUGCAAUCUACACCGCCCUCGAGACUGCGCUCCACGCCAACGAAAAAUGGAUUUCCAACACCUUCGCAAGGACCAGCAUCGCGAGAGACAUCGCCUCGAGGGGCUGGUACGUCUCCCACUCGACCAGGAGCUGCCCCCGCGCGCUCGCCAGUGCUUCUCCACGACCCGUCCGUGGGCGGUAUGUCAAAUACCCAAGCAUCGCCAAUACCUAUAUCCCAGUCACAAGGAGGAUUGGAAGAGGACGAUGCUAAUGAUCGCCGGUCCUUCCAAUCAAUUCCCACGGACAUGCCCCCUUCUCCUCCAGACUCCAAUGUGAGUUUUGAUUUUGAGCCCUCACGUGGGACGAUCCUUCGAGAAUCUCUUCCAAAUUCUGCUACGUCGCAAUCUAUUAUACAUCAUCCUACGCUCACCGAUAACGAUGUCGCGGGCAAACCCGUCGUUCUUCAAGAAGGAUUCCAAAAACUUCAGGGCUCGGAAAGCAACGCCGCUGACCCCGACCAAUCAGAAACAAAGCUCGGCCUCGACGACGACACCGUACACCCGGAUGGCACCUCAACUCCAUCCGACUCAGCGGUUCUCGAAGACGCGGCAGGUGACGCAGCAUUUGUCACCGCUCAUGGAGAUGGUUCGUUCGGCAAAGAUGAGGCUGAGGUACCGGUCGCUACAGGAUCUGGGAACAUCGUCUCGCUACCAGAGCUAUCACACGAUGGCGACAGCCUUCUGCACGGCACAAUGGAUGAUCUCCACGCGCCUCUAGCGCAAGAGGCAUGUGCUCCGGAUGUAUCUGGCACUUCUGUGUCGUCUAGCGAGCAGACAUUGAGUGCAACGGAUGCUCCUGUCGAAGUCUUGGAGAGCAUCCCUAUGGGAACUCACUUGACUCGCGUUGCAUCGUCGGAAUCGGACCCAUACGCGGCGAUACAGGCUAGGAUUCAGGCGCGGAGAGACAUUGGGGGUACCACAGGUUUCGUACCAAUUCAAAGAGAGACGACAAGGCUGUCUGCGAUUUCCUCAGCGUCGAGCAGUUCGCUACGUUCGCUGUCACGCCGCUCACAGACUAAGUCUGAGAAAGAGCAGGCAAUGGCUACUGCCCUUGUGCGGAGAGCAGCUUCAACGUUUCUUGGACCUCCUGUGAAUCUUGUCGCUAUUAUGCUCAAGAUUGCAGCCCGAUUUGCGAAAGGCGCUUUCCCCAAGGCAUUGUUAUUUGAAAGUCCAGCUGGCAUGCCUAAGCAUGUGCCAGGAUCCUUUGACCUAGAUGACAGUGAUAUUGAGCAUGACUUCGACACAGAAGCAGAGGAUCUGAGCGACGAUGGCGAAGAUGAUUUUGGAGUUCCCUUGAGGAGUCCGAUCAGAAUCGCCAUCAGCAGCGAGAGUGUGCCGCGAGUGAUCGCAGAAAGCAACACGAAGGAAAGGAAAGGUUGGGAUGUGGAUCAAUGAGACGAGUAUCAUUGAGCUUGUUCGCAUUCGCGUGGUUUCAGCGAGGCGUUUGGGUCUGACUUCUUGCAUCGAGAUGGGAAGUGGGUGGAUGAUUGAUCAAUUGAAACGCUGGCAAGAACGGAUCAACUGUACCGACGAUAUUACGGAUGAUGGUGUAUGGGAUGUGUAUUGUAUGCUGUAGAACUGGGG